AUGGGGCCAGCACUACUCGACAAGCUGAAUUACUUUGGGUGGUUGGGCGCAGGCUCAACAACGCCACCACAGCCCGAGAAGAAGAAUGCCACGAGGGCACUGCCUUCUAACUGGUACACAUCGAAACAGAUGUACGAGCUGGAACGACGAGCCAUCUUCUCCAGAAAAUGGCAGCUCAUCACCCACAAGGCCCGUCUCACACAGCCUGGAGACUGGCUAAAGUUCGACGUGGCCGGCUUCCAGAUCGUGACAUGUCGAGACCGACAAGACAACAUCAACGCCUUCCACAACGUGUGCAGACAUCGUGCCUUCCCCGUCGUCGAGGGACAGUCAGGGACCAACAAGAUCUUCGCCUGCAAAUACCACGGCUGGUCUUACGGCCUCAACGGCAAGCUGGCCAAAGCCCCUGGCUACCAAGAAUUGAAGGGCUUCGACAAGGAGCAGAACGGCCUCCUGCCCGUCCACGUCCACGUCGACUGCAACAACUUCAUCUGGAUCAACCUCGACGGCAACGCCGAGCCCGAGAUCGCCUGGUCCGACGACUUCGAGGGCAUCGACCGACAGGAACGCUACAAAGAGUUCAACUUCGACGACUACCAGUUCGACCACACCUGGCAGAUGGAGGGCGACUACAACUGGAAGAUCCUCGCCGACAACUACAACGAGUGCUACCACUGCGCGACCACACACCCCGACAUCGUCGCCGUGGCGAAUCUCGAAGCCUACUCCGUCGACACCACCGGCGGCAAAAUCAUCCACAACCCCGGCACCACCGAGGAGCAGGCAGCCGACGGCAUGACCGUCGCCAGCACAUAUUACUUCCCCAACGUCUCAACCAACGUCACAAAACCCUUCUUCAUGAUCCAACGCUUCGUCCCCACCUCCGCCACCACCUCCGUCAUGUCCUACCAAGUCUUCCGCAACCGCCACGCCACGGAAGACGAAUUCCAGCUCCUGAACCAAAUCUACAAGCGCAUCAUGGGCGAGGACAAGUACCUCUGCGACCAGGCGCAGAAGAACCUCAACGCCGGCGUCUUCGUCAACGGCGAGAUGCACCCGCGUCUGGAGCAAGGCCCGCUGCAUUUCCAGAGCUGUGUCAGGGAUGAGGUGAUGGGGCAUUGGAAGCGGGAGAAGGGGGAGCGGAAGGAGAUUUACCCGGCGAGGCAAAGGCUGCCGGCGAGUGCGGGCGUGAGUAAAGGGGAUGAGGAGUUUUGUUCUGGUUUGGCUUGUGGGAAGGGGAAGGAGGAGUUGGAGUGGUAA